UCGAAGCGACAAGGUGUGCCCCCUUGGUGUCCCAACUUGUCAACACGGCGUGGUAAGAGAUAUUACGCACAAACAACCGUAGGCUAGAGAAGAGGAGAAGUCAUUUAACUUCAGAACAAACUUUUUUGUUGUGUUCACUAGCAUACAUUUAAUGAGACAUUUGGCUGUGUUGAAUCUGUCGUUACACUCACCAUUACCAGUUGAAACUUGGUGGAACUUCAAAUGAACCGUUUUUAUUUUUCUGGAAUAGCCAACGACCAACGCCGGACUACAAACCUAUCACAACAUUGUUGCUGUCCCCAGGGUUGUGCUUUCCAGCUGUAGCGGACUAUAGCGGUGCGCUCGUUAUACGGCUUGAAUCCGACGUCUGUAACUGUAGCCAAUGACUGUAGUCUUUCUCCCCAAUAAUACUAUAGUAUUUGCCGGGUCAGUACCCGUGGUCAGUAUCUGUCGGGUCUGUAUCUGCCGGGUCAGUAUCUGCCGGGUCAGUACCUGCCGAGUCAGUACCCGCGGUCAGUAUCUGCCGGGUCAGUAUCUACCGGGUCAGCGGCACACGCUCUGCGGGCAGAGUGCUGACGGACUUGUCGCGCCACGAACGAAAUCCUCCCGGUAAUACAUAGGCUAGGAGUCCAGAGAUUCUGUGGUCAGCCAUGCCUGUCCCCCCUCCUCCCCCUCCCCCUGCACCCCCUCCACCUCCACCACCUUGUACUGCUCACCCACCACAGUCUCGGCCAGACCCUCCUAGUCUCCAGAGUGUUGGAGGAAGAGGAGGGAGGAACGCCCUGUUAGUAGACAUUCAGAAAGGAGCCAGGUUAAAGAAGGUUUUACAGGUCCAUGACCGUAGCGCACCAGUUGUCGACAAGCCCAGGGCCAGUGGUGGUCUGUCCCAGGACCAUCCCCAGGGAGGAUCAGGAGGAGGGGCGGAGGCUGUGAGGCCCUCUCUAGGGGGCUUGUUCUCUGGCGGGUUCCCCAUCCUCAGACCCGCUGGGCAGAGAGCCUUCACAGGGAAGAACGUGGUUUCACGCUCUAGCUCAUCAACGGGACUGAAGCCUCAGUGGAACCCUCCACCGACAUCGUCAGACAGUGGCCACACCCCCGAGCCCUACCAUAGGCCGACAGAGAGAGGAAGCCCUUCCCACCGCCCUGCCCACUCAGCCUCCGCACCUCCCUCCCCCUCUCACAGCAAACCUCCCCUCUCCAUCACUGCCCCCACCACCACUCCUCCUCCCCCUCCUCCCUCAUUCCAUGAGCGUCCCAGCAGCAGGCCUCCCCCCAUCCCUACCGGUCCUCCCCCUCCUCCCCCUACCCAAGUCACCAAGCCUACCUGGCUCCCCAUCCAGCACCCUCACCCCUUACCCCAGCCCUCUACCCCUCCUCCCUCCACGUCCCCCUCCUCCCUCCCUAACCGGAACUCUGGUUUCUUCUACCCGCCUCCUCCCUCCCCCAUCCUCCCCCCCUCCCUCCCCCCUCCUCCCUCCCCUGUCCUCUCAUCCUUCCCCCCUCCUCCCUCCCCCGUCGUCUCCUCCCUCCCCCCAUCUCCCUCCCCCAUCCUCUCCUCCUCCCUUCCCCCUCCUCCCUCCCCUGUCCUCUCCCCUUCCUCUGAAUUGAGGUUCUCUAUCUCUGGUCCCCACGGCCCCCCUCCUCCUCCUCCUCCUCCACCCCUCCCCGCCUCAUUCACCCCCAGCUGCCCCUCCUCUCUGCCCCCUCCACCACCCAAGAUGCCCCCUGUGCCGUCCCCUGCCAUGCGGCCCCCGGUGCCCCCCUCCUACCCCUGCACUGCACCUAGUCGACGACCACCAGCUGUGCCCAGGAGUGCAGGUGUGGGGAGGUCGUUGGCUUCUCCCCCCGUCCCACCGGCCCGCUCCCCGUCCACGGAGCUGACCAACCGGAUCCCUCCCCCUCAUCCUCCUCCCCUUCCCCCGUCCUUAAUGAGGAAUGGACACAGUCUAAGCUUGCACAGCCUGGAUGACUUUGAGUCUAAAUUUCAGUUCCACCCAAUAGAAGACUUUCCCCCUCCAGAGGAGUUUUGGCCAUUUCCACGCAUCUACCCAAGCAGAGAGAACCAAGGAGUGAUCAGGACACAGCUAUGGUGAUGCAGUGAGACAACAUGGACCCCCCCACCCCCACACACACACAUCCAACAGCUGGCCCAACACAUCCUCUUCAUCCUACAUUAUCCUCUUCCUCUGUCCCCAGGGGCCAUGCUCAUGGACGGAUAAUGUGUGUGUGUGUGUGUGUGUGUGUGUGUGUGUGUGUGUGUGUGUGUGUGUGUGUGUGUGUGUGUGUGUGUGUGUGUGUGUGUGUGUGUGUGUGUGUGUGAUCUUGUGGCGAAUGCAAUACCGUGCCACACCCAGUGCAGGCUACCGACCUCCAACCUUCUCCAGUGUGGAAUGUUUUGAAUGUGUCAGGAGGGUAGAACCCAACAGUGUUCUCUCCCUCUCACUAUAUAUAUAUCUAUUGAUAAACUGGGUGGCACCAGCCCCGAAUGCUGAUUGGCUGACAGCCAUGAUAUAUCAUGGGUAUGACAAAACAUUUAUUUUACGUUGAUAAACAGUUUAUAAUAGCAGUAAGGCACCUCUGGGAUUUGUGGUAUAUGACCAAUAUACCACGGCUAAGGGCUGUAUCCAGUCACUCCGCGUUGUGUUGUGCCAAAGAACAGCUCUUAGCCGUGGUAUAUUGGCCAUAUACCACACCUCCUCGGGCCUUAAAUAUAUACUGUAUAUAUAUGUCUCUCUCUGUCUCUCUCUGUUCUCUCUCUCUCUCUCUCUCUCUCUCUCUCUCUAUAUAUAUAUAUAUAUAUAUAUUGAGAUUCUUCAAAGUAGCCACCCUUUGCCUUGAUGACAGAUUUGCACGCUCUUGGAUUUCCCUCAACCACCUUCACCUGGAAUGCUUUUCCAACAGUCUUGAAGGAGUUCCCACCUAUGCUGAGCGCUUAUUGGCUGCUUUUCCUUCACUCUGUGGUCCAACUCGUCCCAAACCAUCUCA